UUAACAAAAUGGCGAACCCAAACAUAGGAACAGACAUAAUAGCUAAAGGUGUUCGUCUUACUGUGGUCGUAGAGUAUUGUUUUGAAAAUAUUAUUGCUGUAGUUUUUGUUCACAAUGGCAAAGAGUAUCGUGGUGUAUUAUUAGAAAGCAGCCACAGUUUUUUCCCACAUGGUAUUGCAUUCUCAAGUAGAGCAGCAUUAGAAAACCAGUUGUGUUUGUCAUUAUCACCUCGAUCUUCUAGUGAUAUGAAGCAAGACCAAGAAAUAAAGCGUCCAUGUUCCAAUGAUGUUAAAGAUAGCAAAGCUGAGCUUUCAGCUGUUGUAUCACGGUUUUCAUAUCACACAAAUCCCUUUUUGGUAAAUCCUCGCCCUGUGCAAGAAAUACCGACAGUUGAAAUGAAAGCUGUUGGUGGUCGUCGAAAAACUGUUAGAGAUAUUCGUCUCAGACCACGACAAACAUUGUGUUUUAAAUGUAAAUCUGCUAUUCAUGACAGUCAUAAAAACUAUUCCAUAUGUAGUAGUAACCCAAAUGUUAGCAAUAAAGCUGGAUCAAAUAUUGCAUCAGCACUAAGAUCCAGUCAGCGCAGUAGUAUUGAAAUGACUCCCAACAGUACAUCGUCAUUAACUUGUAGUUUGAGGAAAAGAAAAAAUGUUCAAACACCUCUGGUUCUACUUGAAGACAUUCAACACAAAAGCUCAAAGAAUACUCAAGAUAAAAAUGUUAAAACAGCAAGAUCUAGUUACAAUUUUCCCUGUUCUGGUAACAAGCGCUGUAUAACAAGAAGCAACAGUAGCAACAGACUAACUGAGCUUGUUGAUAAAAAACAUGUUCAAAUCAAAGCUAGAUUUAACAGAUCAUCAAGCUCUGGAAGUUCAAACACAAAUAACACAGGAACAGAUUGGCUUCAAAUUUUGGACUAUUCAGAAAGUAGAAAAACUUCAAACAGCACAAGAAAUACUAAAAAAGAUAAACAUAUAAGCUCUACAAGUCUAAACCCUAAGCCAUCCCCAACUAUAAAGAUAUCUAUUGGAGAUGGUGCUAUUCUAAAAAUUCCUCCUAGACUACCAGACAGUGAUAAUUUGUGUAACACCAAUCAUCUUCCUGUUCCUAAAAUUAAAAUUCUGGAUAUAUCUUCACUUCCUGAAAAUCAUUCUCACAAAAAAGCUAAAAAGGCUGCUAAAAGAUCCAAAGAAAGAGACAGGAUAAAAAUUAAUAUAACAAAAGACGAUAGCAGUUUUCCUGUGGAGUCUGAUGAUAUAGUGCCUUAUAGAACCCAGAAAAAACACAAGAAAAAACACAGACAUAGACACAAUAGUUCACUCAACACACGUGAGAGUUGUAAUGGAGAAUCACAUUUAAAAUUGCUAAUUAAUGAAACUAAAAGUGAGGAGCCAAAAUUUUCUGUUUCAUUUAACAAUACACAAGGACCAACUACAGCUGAUUCUGAUAAUGCUAUUUCUGGUGCUGAUGAAGAAAACCAUGAGAAUACUGUUCCUUAUAAAGACAAUGUAAAUCAUGAUAGACCUAGACUUGUUUACACCUGGAAGCAAAAUGAAGGUCUUUCAAGAGUGUCCUCAUCCCCUAGGCAUCAUACACCUAAUGUCUCUCCCAAGUAUGCAUUUAAAGCAUCACCAGGACUGGUCUCUAUAGGGAACUCCCCACACAGAAGAAAAAAUGCUUCUCCAGCUAGAGUUGUUAGUGCAUCACCUAACUGGCAUUAUACAACAUCUCCUAAUCGACUAUUAAAAGACUAUCCCCUUAGAAGUAAAAGUAACACAGCUUAUUCUUCAGGUCUCAGCUCUGAAACAGUGCCAGUGACAGACUACUCUGUGGUUCAGACAGCGGAUGACUGCCAGUCCCAUUCUAGUGACAUGGAUUAUGACUUGAGUGACUUCAGUGUUGAAUCUGGGGAAGAGCAAAUGCCUGAUGAUUUUUUCCCAGGGACUAAUUCACCACCCCAUGAAGAGGAGGACAAAGGUAUCAUUAAACCUCUAAUGAUGAAAAUACAAACUCAGAAUGUCAGUGGCUGUGUGUUAGAGGAAGGACGUGAAAUUCGGGUGGGAGAUAUUGUUUGGGGUAAAAUUCAAGGAUUUCCUUGGUGGCCAGGGAGGGUAUCCAACAUAACGGUCACACAGCGAGAUAAUGAUGUUGUGAUAACCCAGUUAGCUAAGGUGGCAUGGUUUGGCUCCAACACCAUGUCACAUAUGCAUUGCUCAGAUUUGUUUCCCUUCUUAAAAGACUUUAAGGUCCGCUACAAUAAAAAGAAAAAAGGCCAGUACAGAGUUGCCAUUAAGCAAGCCACUAUGGCUGCUCAGCUACUGGCAUCAGAGUCAGACAGGGAUUUUGUUUUUGAAGAUUUUGAUUUACUGUAAGCCAUAUAUAAAUACAUGUGUAUAUAGUUUUUAGCUUGUAAAUAUUUUUCCAGACAGACUUAAUACUCAUUUCAGUUUUAAAAAAAUCAAUUUUAGAAGCAUACAAAUUAUCAGAAAAGGAAAAAAAUUUCAACCCAUUUUAUCUUAAAAAUUAUUAUUGCAAGUUUGCUAAUAAUUAAUUUUUUAAAUGAAUUAACUAAUAAUGUUUUUACUGUGCUGUAUAUAGUACAAUGCAGAAAUGCUACAAUUCAAAUUUAAAAAAAAAUUCAACCUUUUUCUUUUACUGGGUAAUGGUGCUAACUUAUAAUUCCACUUUAUGUUUGACAUUCUGCUUUACAGGAAGUGGUAUUUAGUCUUGUUUUCUUCAUUAUCACAAACUGUAUUUCAAGUCAUUAAGUCUGUUUUUUGAAAGUAAGAAAAAAAAGGCUUCCUUGGAUUACAAUUUUCAAUGUAAUUGUUCCCAAACUUUUUGUACUGGUUAUGUAUUAUAAGAUCACAUUUAUCAUUAUUAUUUACAGCAUUCAUUUUUAUAAGCUUUUAAACUGGGUACAUUGAGCUGUGAAAUAAUUUUUCAAGUCUACCUAUUUCUUACUGCUUCAUAGUUAUUUAUGUUUUCCUAUUAAUUUAUUGAAGUUCUUAAUCAAUAUUUUACUUUUGUUUACUGUAUACCCCCAUGGCCAGUGAUGCGAUGUAUAAAAUCGAAGCAACACUUUUAUUUACAUUGUUAUUGUCAUUUUAAUGAUUUAAUUUCCAAUUCUACAGGAGCUGGAAAGAUAAAAGUCUCAGAAAACUAAAAGCUUGGAUUAAAAAAAAAAAUUAUGUAUUGAAGCAACUUUUAUUGGCUACAAAUGAUUUCAUGGAGACUUGCAAAGAUACAAAAUAAAAAUGGGUUUGAAAAAUAUUUUCUGUUCAGAUGUCCAAUUUCAAUUUGUAUCUUUGUAUUCAUUUUUUUUUUUUUGACUUUACUGUUCUUUUAUUUUUAAGUAAUUUAAACUAUACAUUAGUAAAACUAAAAUUAUGUUAUUAUUUAGCUAUGCUAAGUCUAUAUUCCUUAAAUUCAGUUUGUUAUAGUCAUUCAUGAACUCAAAUAUUACCAAGUCAAGAGUGAUAAAAAAUAAAAAUAUUUACAUUUGAGCUGUUACAUAUCUUAAUGUUUAUAAAUUAUUUAGUUUAUGUUUACAACCCAUUGCAUAGAAACCACUUUUGUAAUGAGCUCGUUUAAUAUAAUGAUCUGUAGCAUACUUUUUUCUUUUGAUUUUGAAAUUAAAUCAUGUAUUUCACUUCAUUAUUUUUUUCUUUGAUUUUAACUUUUGAAGAAGAAUUUUUUUUUAAAGUAAAUAUGAUACAAGUACAAAUAUUAUCUUGCACUUAAAAAAUGAUUAAUGUUGUAUAAAUCUUUUUUUUUUAAGCUAGCUAAAUAUCUCUGUAUCAAUUUUUCCUUCCAUGUAUAGCCUUUCUAAUAGCUCUUUCUAAUUUGUAAACAUUUUUAUUUUGAACUUUCUCAUUUUUUUUCUCUAUUGUAACUGUAUAUAAACAAACGUAUGGUCUAAGUCAAAUGGCGUAGGUUUCUGUUCACAUAUAAUCUUCUGCAUAGGAGGGUUUAGCACAGAAGCUUAAUUGGGAUGUAAUGACUAAGUUCUAAGAAACACUUUAAAGGUGAUACCAAAAGCUUUUUUAAAUGUGGGAUUGGAGCUGAUGUGUUACAAGAUCACUCCCUGUGUCAUAUCUGACCAUUCCCUUAUCUUGAGGCCAAAUUUAGCACAUCAAGUUUCCUUCUACUUGCAAAUAAUUUGCAUUACUCUCUAGUGUCCUUUUUUUUUGUUUUCUACUAUGUAGAAUAUAAUGUAUACUAAAUGCUUAACUGCUAGUCUUUCAAUAAGUAUAUAUAUAUUUCAGUCUCAAAAAGUGGAAUUUAAAACAUAUUGUAGAAAAUUAACUAAUGGUGUUUUAUGGCUGUAAAAUGAAAUUAUACCAUUAAUUCCUUGUUAUUUGGUGGUAUUGCAUUAAUUACUUUGACUGUCUUUGACAUAAUGUGUCAAAUAAUAUAAUAUAAUAAUUUUAAUCAAUUCUGUUAUAAAAAGUACUUUAAGUUUGGUUAAUACAUUAUAUAUGAAUUAUUUAUAUUAGUUAGGUUUAAUAAAAACAAUUCCGUUGCUUUGACACAUGAUCUAAACUCAAUGCCAAUAAAUGUCAAGUGCACUGAGUGUAAAUAAUUGUAUAAUCUGUACAUUACACUCAACAGUUACUCUAUAAGUUGAGAAUUAUUAAUAUUAUUAUUUAUUUCUACAUUAUUCACAUGUCACUUAAAAGAAACAAAAUAUUGAUUUUUAAAGAGAUUUUUGUAUUGUUAGUUGUAAAUAUAGGGACAGCCUUAAAUUGGAUCUUGACAAUUGUACUAACAAGACAGAUAGACCUUUUUAAAUUUCAAAACAUUUUUAUAUUUCUUUUUAUGGGACAGAAAAAAAAAUUGUAUUUGACAUAUUUCGGCUUCAUAAAAAAAUUUGAUUUCUAGUUUAAUUUCAACAAUGCACUUGUAUUGAAGUUUAAAUGUUAUUUGCAUAUGUGGCCAAUUUUAAUGCAUUUUAUCAUUUUCAUACUAUUAAGAACAGAUUUUUAAUCAAGCAAACUUUCUACCUUUAUUAUUAUUGUUUUUUUCAUUCACUAAUAACAUUUAUACACUGAAUUUAUUGUUCAGAAAAGAAAUAGGUUUAUUGAUUUUGUACGAAAUAUAUAUUUACUGUAUAUCAGCUCUUCAAUUUUGAGACUUAUAUAUUUAAGAAAUUCUUAACUUGGCCACUUUCUCUACUUAACAAACAGCUUAUAUGGUAAAUUAACUGUAUAGGAUUUUGAUAACAGAAUAGACUUCCCCCACAUAGCAAAAUUGUAAACAAUACCUUUUAAAUUUCACAUUAGUAUUCUUUUUCUAACCACAAUUUAAAACAUAGUGAAAUUACUUUUGAGCUUAUGACACACCUCUAAUUUGAACUAUUUGUAUGAUUAUAAAAUAGGACUGCAGGUUUCCUUCAUAGGUUAUAGAUUUUGGUGCUAUUCUAUGUUCAGAAGUGCCAAUCUAGUAUGAUCAGAGGAUAAAAGAAAGAAAUGUUAUGAGCACUGAGAAAUGGUUUUAAACAUAUUGCAUAUUAUUUUCUUAUUUAGAAAUGUAAACAAUUCUUUCCAAAGUUAGAUACAUUUUACUUCAGUUUAUUUUGUUCUACCUUUUUAUAACAAUUUAUUUACUUUAAGAAUUGAAACUUUUUCUUUGCUGUUGUUUUUUUGUUUAAUUUUCUUAUAACAGUUUUGGAGGUGUUUUCUUUUUCUUUGUUUUAAACCUUUUAAUUACUUUUUUAAUAAACUAAUUAAUUUCACACAUUUGCAACAAAACCUCAAAGAAACUUAGUUUUUUAGUUUUAAUCAUAUCUUUUAAAUUUGUACUUGGGCCAUUUCUCACAUGUCAAUAUGAUGAUUUAGCUUCUGAAAAUAUCUUAAAAAACCAAUUAUUCAAAAUAAUCUUUUAUAUUGUGUAGCCUAAUAUUAACUUAACAUAUUUAUACUAAUGGAUUGAUUUUUUUUUUUUUUUUUAAAGUAACAUUUUCUAUACAUUUGCUCAGAACUUCAAGUCUUAUACAAUAGCUCAAGAUUCUUAGAUAUGUAUUAUCUUCAUUGUAACGUUCUUAGGCUUAAUCUCAUUAAAGUGCUCAAAGAAAUUACCACCUUCCCCACUUGUUUGGGUUGGAUUGUAGUUCCAGAUAGCUGGUCCAACUUAUACUGUGAGCAUUCUAAUUAACUUGACAUGAAACCUUAUAAAAAAAAACUUAAAAUCUUCUUUUAAAAAAAAAAUCUUUGUUUUUAUUAAUUUGAUCAAAAGAUGUUAAAAGAUUUAAAAAAUACAUCUCAACUCACUUAGAAUUUACUGUUGAAAACCAUUGAAUCCUCAGUCUCAUCAGCUGUCCCCCUCUUUAUACACAACACAUGACAUUAAUCCUCCAUAAACUCACUUGAUGUUUCAUUUUUUUUUUAAAUUAGUCAAAAGGCUAUUAGUAAGCAGCACAUUCUUUUUCUGAUGUCCAAUAACUUUAUUCCCAUUGUUGUUGAAUUAUCACUAUGUAAAUGUUAAUUAUUGUUCUAUCACACAGCAUUCAUCAGUGUAAUAUAAUGUAUAUGGAUGAUUGCAAUGGAGCAACUGUCUGCACUUUUUAAAUUGUAGCAUAGAUCUAUUUCUAUACAACACUCUUUAUCACCUUUGUAUUGAAUAUGUAUAAAGAGUUUAUUAUUGAUAACUGGGUCUAUAAUGUAGAUCUAAUAGUGUCAACAUUGCUACUAACUAUAUCACUGGCUGUAAGAAAUGUUUUAUAAAUACUGUACAAAAUAAAUCUGUAAAUAAAUAAUUGUAACUAAAAAUUGUAUUCAUAGAUGAAUUAUUACUUUUGGAAUAUUUUAUGAACAUUACUCUUGUGCUUCUUGAAAUAUCCAUGUGAAUUCCACAUUCAGUAUGAAAUACAUUGAUAUAUAUGUUUGUAAAAAAAAUAACAGUGUGGAAACAGCCAUUAUUGUCUUUCUGUACUAACUGUAAUUUGUAGAUGCAACAUGUUCUGUUAACUGAUGAAAUAUAUCUUACAGCAUCUGCAAUAAAAUAUUGAUUCAAAA